GAAGUAGCGUCGUUAGCGUCGCGACGCCGUGACCGUGGAUGCUACAUCUCUAAAAAUAGUGUCAGGUGUCGGCAAUUCGUUCUUUACCUUAAUGAGGCCUUAUUUACGAAUUGCCCGAAUCAAUUUGUCAAGACUGUUGUAAAAGCCACCGUCAUCAUGAAUUUGAUGUUCCGGAAAAACUUCCGGGAGCAAAAAAGCGGCGUCGCGAGCAAAACUUCAAAAGCUUGUGCCAAUAGACAUGCGAGCAAGAGGUCCAGUCGAGAGCAGGGGUACACCCCCAUGGAGGAACAUCACUAUAGAACACAUCUUUUCUUCAACCCUUCGAGAUGUAGUUACGCUCAAGCGGCUGAGGAUAUGGACGGGACCACUACAGAACCGCGUUGCGGUCCUAUAACUGGAGCGGGCGGGGAACCCUUGCCGUCUCUGCAGUCGUCUGCGAUAUCUCCUCCGAUGACGGAGUCCGACUUGCCACAGCCCUUGGUCGUUAGAACUCCUUCCGUAUCGAUGAUGAAGUGGCCUACCACGCCGUCGCCCACCAAAACCACCCCCACCAGACAAGUUAGUUUCAACUACGGUAAUGGAAACACGGAGACUGCUAGGACUUUGUCUGGUCUUGAAAGAGAUUGUUUUAUCAUCCCAGUUCACAGUUUAGAUAGGUUUCUUCCAGCAGGAGUACCAAUGCCAAAACCCCCGUCUAAUGGGAAUUCUAUGGAUAGAAAGUCUCAAGGGAACUUACAUGUGAUGGAGGUGCCUGAUCCCAAACUGUGUGUCUUAUGUCAUUUAAUGAGUCCCUUGGAACCCAUUGACCCCGUUUUGGAGUCACCCUUAGUCCAACCCUUAUUCAAACAAAGAGUAACAGCCGGGGAACUACUUAACGAGAUUUCUCAAUCGAAAACGGCGGUUACUGGGAUGCUAUUAGCCAACAUGGAACGCAACGCCGAAUUCCCUUUCAUAUCAUAUUAUGUGAUAAACACUUCACAAACAAAUCCUGUGAUGUUUUACAAUAAUAUUCGCACUGCCAGCCUGACCAAGUUCGAUCCUCGACAACUUAGGUAUACAGCAGCGCAUACUCUAGAUCUUUACACAGAAGUGGCAUCCAUUUGUCGACCUCCGGUCCACGAAAUCGGGGUUUCACUCACUAAAACGCACACUUCGACGACUGGAUAUAUGGUUUCGGUGUAUAAAGUGUUUGAUGGAGAUGAUAGGGAGAAGUUUGAGAGGAAUUGGUUGUACUGGACUGGCGCCCGGAUGAUCUAUAGGUAUCUACCGGCGGCGGCCGGAUUGAGAAGAAUUUCUCUUCACAAAUCGCUUAGUCCCAAAGGGGAUAAGAUGUAUAUUUUGCUUUGUGAAUGUUGUAAUUUACUGAGUGAUGUCACGGUUUGUGCGUUGAUUUUACCAGCUUUGAGGGCGCGACUGACAGGGUACACCGGAAUUUUUAGACCAAUACAGACAUUCUAAGAGAAUUUUAGACAUAUCAUAGGCACUGGGGAAUUGCUGGGGACUUUAUUUAUUAAAAUCAUCUAAAUGAAAUAUUUGGUUUUUGGGUAAAAAUGCAUUGCCGACCUGUCUUAUUGGUAAAUGGAUCAUUCGGGCGACAAUACUAAAAUAAAUAAAUAAUUACAAAUUUUGACGAGCUGUGUCAUUUGCAAAGUAUAUGAAAAAAACCACUUUUCAAACAAAUUGGGAAACUAUUGUGUAAAGAUUGUGGACUUAAUUCGGUUGAAAAUUCCUUAUUAGACUACUAGUCCUGUGGACAAAAAAUUUUUCAAAAAAUGAUCACUUUUGAAUAUAACAUUUUUACAUUUCUUAAAUAAAAUAAUACAAGUGCCCCUGUUUUAAUCAAAACUUAUUGAAAAAAGCUCGAGAGAACAUUUUUCCCAUUUUCAUAGAAGUUUUAUAAUGAAUAUUAGAUCGCAAGUUUGAACUAAGCUUCUUGCAAACGUGCCUAUUUACAUUUUAUUAUAAUAAAAACAAUCAAAAAAUAUAUUUAUCAAAUUGUUUAGUAUUAGUUAUAGACAUUCCCUCAAUUAAUACCUUGAGCAAACUAAUUGUAAGUUUAUUUUUUUAAACGUUGAGGUGUAUAAUUGAGGUUUAAAUAAUGUAAUCACUGUUGAAUCAUAUCUUGUUGAAAGAAAAAGUGAUAACAAUAUAAAACUAGUACAAAAUUUCCAGCUUAAGAAGUUUUCUUAAUAUUUAUGUAAUGUUUGAAUGUAUCAAAAAAAAUUGUUGCGGCAUUUACUGCCAGUGUUAUCCACCUAUGGCUGUAUUUUUUAUCAAAACCUCACAUCAAUAAUGUAAACACCAUUAAAUGAUUGUAAAAAUUCUUUUACAACCUUUAGACAACAGGUCUUCCUUAGUUUCGCUUUCAAACAACAGCAAUAUAAGAGAAAGAUUUAUUUAAAUAUAUGCAAUGCUCAAGAGAAAUCCAACUACUUUAUUUGUUACCUUUAUUUAAUACCCUUUCCGUCCUCGAAAUCUUUGUCGAUUGUCUAGCUGUAAAUAAAGUGUAACUUAUAUUUAUAUAAUAAAUAGAUAUUUUCAUUA